UAACCAAUUUGUCAAAUUGACCAUUUUACAUAACCCCUCGUCCGUCGUCACCACUCUACCAAGGGCUCCCGAAAAACCCUAGUCUCUUGACAAUCGACAUGCUUGCAGUUUGCUAAGCCCACGCACAACGAAAGUAAGAACCAUCAAACAACAGAGAUGUGGAGAUCCAUAGCAUCAAGAACUUCCUUCACCGCAACUUUUGCACGAAAAUUAUCUUCUUUUCAAAACCCACCAUCUCAGGUAAUCCACAAUUUCCUAAUUUCAUCAUCUUAUUAUUCACAUUUUCCAUCCAGGCAACAUCUCGGAAAAUCCCCUCACCAAAUUCACAGCUUUUCAUCCCAUUCUUCUUCUAUAAGUGAAUUUGAAACUGAGAAUCAUGAUUCUACUUCUUCUGAGGAGGUAGAAUUGGAAAAUGGUGCGGGUUUUGUUGACACCCAUGAUGUUAUUUCUUCCAAAGAAUUUAGAUUGACUCCUGAAUUUGAUGGGAAUGAUGAAAAUAAUGAUUCCCAGAUAGUUGGUUUUAGCUCAAAUGAUCAGGAAUUAGAAACGGGGGAAAGGGUUAGUAGUGAAGGAGUUUCUGAGAUUGAUUUUGAGAAAUUGAAAAAUGUGGAGUCUUUGCUUCAGAAUGAUUUAGACGGGUCUUUCGAAUCGAGUCUUGAUGGUAUGCUUUUGACAUUGAAUGAGGAGUUUGUUGUGAGAGUGCUCCAAACCCCACUUGUUCCUGGGGAUAAUUUGAUUAGGUUUUUCAAAUGGAUUUCGAGUCGAAAUGAUUUUAAAGUGACGACUGUGGUUUUAAGUGAGCUUGCCCGUGCUAUCUGCAAUGAUCCUGGACUUAAAAGGAUUGAUGUUUAUGCUUUGUGGGAUUUGGCAAAGGAAAUUGGUGAGAAGGAGAGUUGUGUUGUUAAUGCCGAAAUACUCAAUCAGUUGAUAGCGGCAUUCUCGAAAUUGGGCAAGGGGAAGGCUGCAUUUGAGGUGUUUGGGAAGUUUGAGGAACUUGAGUGCAUCCCAAAUGUGGAAUCAUAUUAUCUUACUAUGCAAGCGCUUUGUAGGCGGUCUUUCUAUGACUGGUCUACAUCAGUUUGCCAGAAAAUGCUCGAUGCUAGGAUGCUUCCGGAGAGUGAGAAGGUUGGUGAACUCAUCUCUUUGUACUGCAAAGGCCAUAGGUCUAGAGAGGCUCAUGUUAUCUAUCUUGCUGCAAAGGAGCAAAACAGACAUCCUCCUCAGAAAGCUGUUAAUUUUUUAAUUAGUUGUCUGUCAAAGGUGGACGAUACUGUGAGCUUAGCGCAGGAGAUGCUGGUUGAUUUUUCCGGUGAUGUUCGUAAACAUGCUAUCAACCCGUUCUCAUGGGUCAUUCGUGGUUUGUGUAGGAAAAAGGAUAUUGCAGGUGCAAAGAAGUUGUUCACUGAGAUGACAGUGAAAGGCCCACCUCCUGGGAAUGCAGCUUUUAAUAUCAUCAUCAAUUCUCUCUCUAAAGCUGGAGAUUUGGACGAUGCCAAGGAGAUGAUGAAGCUUAUGGAGAGUAGGGGACUUAAGCCUGAUGUCUACACUUAUAGUGUCAUAAUUAGUGGUUAUGUGAAGGGUGGUAUGAUGGAAGAAGCUCGUAAAGUCUUGUCAAUGGCCAGAAAGAAUCAUCCUAAGCUCUGCCCUACUACUUUCCACACGCUUAUUCGAGGGUAUUGCAAACUUGGAGAAUUUGACAAGGCUUUGAAGUUGCUGAGCGAGAUGAAGGAUUAUGGAGUUGUACCUAAUGUAGAUGAGUACAAUAAGCUAAUCCAAUCACUUUGUUUAGAGUCUUUGGAUUGGAAAACAGCAGAGAAGCUGCUGGAAGAAAUGAAAGAGAAAGGCUUGUAUCUUCCUGGUAUUACCCGAGGUCUAAUUAGUGCAGUGAAAGAGUUGGAGCAAGAGGCAGUUGGGUCUGAAAAAGAACAUGCCAAAUCAUAGUAAACUGUUAGCAGAUCAUGGAAUUUGAUGCAACUUGAAAUGGCUGAAAACGCAUUUGUUCCUUUUCUUGUGGAUUUCCAUAAAUAUUCAAAUCAUAAUACAAGGCUAUACUUCAAGAUUUCAUAAGAGCUUGUAUUUUUGGUUGAUUGUAAGAUUUCCUGUUGUGCUUCUCGACAAACUUCUCUCUUUGAAAGAAAGGAAAGCUUAUGCUGUCAAGUAAUUGUCAAUAGUAAUAAUGCAGUUCCAGCUUGAAGAACCACAAGAAACAACUCCCAACCCGUCAAUGAAGUCAGUUUUAUUUUUCUUGAACAAAAGGAUGAGGAUGGCAUUGAACUUUUCUGUGGAGAAGUCAAUGAUGAAGGCCGCUUUUUUAUUGUGGACCUCAUUUUGAUCGGAAGUACUUAUAAAUUACAUACGUCUGGUAUGGUUGGUUAGGCUAUACAUUUUCAACGGAAAAUUAUGAUUCUUGAAAAGAUAUUUUUUAAGGAAAAACACAAUUAUAGCUUAGUUUUCCUUUGUUUAUUUCCUUGCUUGAAAAGUUGGGGAGAAAAGGAAUAAUGUAAUGGAGGAGGAUGGAUGGGACUGCAGGACUAUGGAGCACGGGUACUUUUUUUUAGAUCUCGUACCCAUACUCGAUACGAUACAAUACGUAUCCUCUAUGGGUACGUGUAACCAUUCCUAAAAUUUCAAAAAAAAAUCGUUUUUCGUCUCCGUAUCUGAAUCCGAACUCGUAUCCGUAUCUGACUCUAUGCAACCAUGCAGUGGGAGGAGUAUGGAUGGAAGGUGUGAGGAAUAGGAUGGAAAAUGUGUGUUACAUUCUUUUGAAAAGGAAAAUGUUUUCCACUUGAAAACUAUUUUCCACUAAUUAAAAAAUUUAUAUCUACGAGGUUUUGGUUCAGUAGGGUCUUUCAUCUUACCUAUUAAAAAAAAUUAGUUAAGGAUGUACAAAGUAUCUCGAUAGAAAUGAGACUCACAUAAGUAACUCUUAUCAUUUUAAAAUGGUUAUAUUCUUUUCGGGCCAUAACUUGAGAAUUUGGAUAUUUCAUAGACAUCAAAGUACCAUCAUGUGAGAUCUUGUUUCUAUUUACAUCUUCUAUAAAUAUCACUGGUCAGUUAUGUGCAGUAAAUACGUUGAUAAGCAAGUGUAAGCACUGAAUCAGGUUUAAAGAAAAAUCACUGGUCAGUUAUGUGCAAUAAAUACGUUGAUAAGCAAGUGUAAGCACUGAAUCAGGUUUAAAGAAAAGAACAUUUUCUUUAAUUAUUGAGUUCAGUAUUUAUUUUUAUUUUUUGAACGGUAGUUCAGUAUUAAAUUAGUAGGGUGCCAUUGCCAAUUAUGUACAAAA